CAAUUCAUAGAUAGACAACGCGUAAUUGCUUGUUUCACUUCUGUCUUUUGGAUCAUAACAUUGCUAGUUUGGUGUUGCCCGGUAUUUGGCCGUAGUUGUUUAUUCUUAUAAGAUCUAUAAUAGAAAAAAAGACGAUAAAUAUAAAUUAAUGAAAAUUUGUGCAGAUGGGUGAUCAGGAUCCAACGAGUAUUAUUAAUAUGAUAAAAGAUCUACGUUCUGGAACAGAAUCUUAUCGCCGAAGUGUUGGAGUACCACUGCGUUACUCUGGAACUGGCUACAUAUCUUCUAAGUUCAAUGAAAACUCAGAUGAUAGCAUUAUUUCACCGAAACGAUCAAGAAUAGAUGAAUCUGAUUCAUCUCUAACUAAUAAAACUCAAGAUUCAGACUCUAUUCCAGGUAGUCCUUGGGAAUGGCGACGUAUGAAAGGAGAGGUUAUAUCAUUAAAAACCAGAUUGACACAUCAAGAGGCAACUGUUCAGCAGCUACACAGUAUACGUAGACAAAUGGAAGAAGUCUUUGAGAAGGAGAAAGGUCUUUUACAAGUCCAGGUAGAGCAAAAUAAGCAAAUCAUUCAGCAGCUGGAAAUCCGUCUUGAUGUUGCACGGCGGACGAUUCAGGAUGCUAAAGAUAAGCAAGAUGCUGCAGAAAAAGAAUGGUCCCAAGUGAAAAACAAUUUAGAAAAGAAAAUAGCAUCAUUAUUAAGUGAAAAUGCAAAACUAUCAGAAGAUCUAAGAAAUGUUAGUACAAAAGAAAAGUCUCUAUCUCCUAAGGAUGUCAAUGACUCAAGUGAAUUACAAAUGAAACUGGAAACUGCAGAAGCAAGAGUAGCCAUGCUGGAGGACAGACUAAAGGAAUAUCAUAAAGUGCAACAGGAUUAUGAAUUGCAAAAUGUGGAAAUACAGAAUAUGAAAAUGAAACUGGAGAAACUCGAAUCAGAAAGAGCAUUGUGGGAGGAGGGCAAGCUGUUAGCAGGGAGAGCCGCGAGAGCAAAUGAUCUUGAGAAAGAACUGAAUACAGCGAAAAAGACAAUCGUUGUAUUAAAAGAGUCAGUCAAGGAAAAAUUACUCUUGGAGGAACAAAUGGCCAAUAUGACAAAAAGAUUGGAGCAUACUGAAAAAGUGGAGCAACAAGUGGCAAUGUUGGAGGCGAAACGAUCUGAGCUUGCACUUCGCUUGCAAGAAUAUGAAACGAUUGGAAUUACUGGUGGCCCGGCAGCGAUGAAGCGAGAGUUGAACAGACUUCAACAAGCUGAAAUAGAUCUGAGAGCAGAGGAAGGCCAACUCAGAUCAAAAUUAGGUGCAGUUAUGCGAGAAUCACAGAAUUUAACAAAGAAUUACGAGGAUGCGAAAAAAUUGGCUACUGACUUGACAUCAUCCAAGGAUAAACUGAGCAAGCUUGUCAAUAGACUCCAGAAGAAAAUGAUGCUCGUCACUAGAGAAAGGGAUAGUUAUAGACAGCAAUUAGAUUUGUAUGAGAAGGAGAUAACAGUGGAUGGCAAUAAUGCAAUGACUGAGAGAAUACCAGCUUUGGAACGCGUUAUAGAUGGAUAUAGGGAUUUAGUUAGCAAAUUAGAAUCAGACCUCCAAGCAGUCGAGACUGGUAUACAGAAGAAUGAAUGUAAUAAAUUGCGGGAAGAGAUUGAACAAUUGAGAGGCGAGCUCGAACACCGCGCGUUGAAGGGUGACUUCAAUUGUAAUGCUCGCGUUCUACACUUCACGAUGAAUCCUGCAGCAAUUGCGGAGAAACAAGCCGAGGAAAAACAAGCGGCUUUAUUACAAGAAUUGGAAGAGCUUCGUGCCAAGGUAGCGUCAGGAGAUUGUGGUACGACAGUAUCAUCAUUGCAAAUGCAAGAAAUCGCGGAAUUAAAGAAAACGCACGAAAUAAAGAUAGCGCGUUUGAAGGAGGCUUUCAAGGCUUCCUCGCAAGAAUACCGCCAAGCGUGCUACCAGCUAUUCGGUUGGAGGGUGGAUCGAACAAAAGAGGGUUGCUACAAGUUGUCAAGUCAAUAUGCAGAGUCGCCGGACGAUUUCCUAUUUUUCCAUGUAGGCGAAGAGGGUGUGGAUAUGUUGGAGACGGCCUUUUCUGCAAAUUUGGGCAAUCUAAUUGAACAAUACUUACAAAUACAACACAGUGUCCCUAUGUUUCUUAAUGCUAUACAAUCCGAUCUAUUCAGUCAGCAAACAAUAACAAAUGUCAUGACAUAA